UGUGGUGCUGUUCUCGCUGACGCUCACAGGCCUCAUCACGUUGUCACAGUCACCUGACACGGUGAGCAGGGCAUAGGCAAGGGAAGCCGUGUUGGCCUCCUGGGGCUGGGCAGUGGGUAACGCGGCGGCUUGACCAGGGCUGGGAAUCGGGAGCUGGGGUCACGGCUCCAAAUGCCCUCAAAAUCCCGUCACAGGGCCCGAUCCCCUCAGUGCACCAUGGGGAUGGCCUGCCAGGAGGCUGCUGCAGGGAUUCCUGUGCCACUGCCCAGUCAGCCAGGCAGGAGUCUGGUGCUUAAUGGCCACAGCAUUUUGGCCUGGGUGGUCCUUCGCCACUUCACAUACAAGGAAUUCUGUGCUUUGUACAGGCAAAGAAAAUACUGGUCCUGCUGCCAGAAUUGAGGGAGGCCCUGCAGAGUGCAAAUGCAGACACCAGGAUGAAGGCCCUGCUCAUUUUCAGAAAUGUGAUGGGUCAUCGGAAGAAGAAGGCCAGCUCCACUGCUCUGCAGCUGGCCGAGGAGUUCAUGCAACACUUUGAUGAUGUGUCCAGCCAGGUGCGAGAGCUCUCCAUCUGCCUAUUCAAAGAAGUAAUACAGAUGGCGGAUUGGAAGCACCAGCGGCAGAUGCGGAAGAAGGUGCGGCAGAGCCUGGUCCCACUCGUGUUGCACAUGAGUGAUGAGACUGAGAGUGUGGCCAAGGCCUCUCACGAAGCCUUCUGUGUAGCUGCAAAGGUGCUCAAAUGGAAAUGGCUCAGUCACCACGUGCAGGCACUGGAGAGAUGGAGAACUGUGGAGCGCUUGCUGGAGCACGACCGGAGCAGGGCUGAAGAAUAUGUGCGUCAAAGCAUGCCUUAUCUGCAGCACGCUCAGGUCACCGUGCGAAUGGCAGCCGUGAGGUUCAUCGGACUGGCUGCGCGGUACCUGAAUGACAGCAGCAAGGACACGCUGCAGGAGAUCUUCAAGGGUGAGUAGGGGCAGUGCUGUGUGUGAUGGGGCUGGCGGGGACAGGGGACAGAGCCUGGGCAGCGUGCUGUCCUGCUGUCCUGCUCCAGGGAACAUC